CGUUCUUCCUUAAGGCGAAUGAAAUAGAUACUGCAAACAUAUUUUAUAACCUUACGCAGCAUCGCGGUCUCAUUUUGGCGGUCUUGAGUAAAUGCACAACUAAGAGCGGCGGGCCCUCAGGGCCCCCGCAAGAGCGGCCAUGUUUCAAUACUCUGACCAUCAUAGGCGGCUAACGGACCCGGCGUCCUCUGUGGACGAGAAGGUCAAGGUCGCAUCGGAGCUGAAAGAAAAUAUUGAGAUUGUGCUGACCGGGGAGUAUUCCUCCUUCUUGUCAACGUUUUUCAGACCGUUUUGUGAUAUUCUGCGCACAGUUCCACCACAAUUUGCGGAUACGCCUGAGCAUAAGCUCCGUAACAAUGUGGUGGACAUCCUCACACGACUGCCACAAAACGAAGCCUUGCGCAGCCACAUAGUUGAACUAUAUGACGUCUGUCUGAACGUAGUCCAGACAGACAACCAGGACAAUGGCUUGCCUGCCAUCAAGUUGCUCCUGGACCUGCAAAAGGGCUUCAGGACCUUUCUGGAGGGGCAGGGGUCGCUGCUGGCGCAGUUUCUCAUGAAGUGCUUCGCCAACCUCUCCUCCACGGUUUCCGAGGUGUUGGACCCGGGGCCGGAGGGCGGCGAGCCGCCGUACGCCAAGGUGCCCUCGCAGGCCAUCCCCGGCUUCAAGUCCUUCAAGGUGCUGGCGGAGCAGCCGUUCGUGGUCAUGUACCUCAUGAACGCCUACGAGCGGCUGCGCCCCGUGGUGCUGCCUCAGCUCGUCCCCCUCAUCAUCCGCGCAGCCUGCCUGCCCGGCCCCGCCCUCUCCGACCCGCACGUGCGCGGCCCCCUCGCGCAGCACUACGCGGACUUCCGGCUGGUGCAGGUCCGCUGCCUGCAGUACCUCCUCUGGCUGCUGCGCAACGCAUACACUGCACAGCAGGCGGCGGCAGCGGCGGCAGCCGACGGGCGGCACUCCGCCUCGGCCGCCGCAGCCGCCUCCCUGGCCUUCCCCAUUGAGCCCCAUGUGCCCGCCAUUGCGGAAGCACUGGUGCACCUGCUACGGCAGUGUCCGGAUGUGGUAACCACACGCAAGGAGCUCAUGAUCGUGACGCGGCACAUGCUGCAAACCGCCGUGCGCACGCACCUGCCGGCGCACAUGGACGAGCUCAUGGACGAGCGCGCGUUGUGCGGCGCGGGCCGGGCGUGCACGGAGACGUUGCGUCACGGCGCGUGCGGGCUGCUGGCGGAGAUAGUGCACAACUGCCGGCGGCAGUUGCGGCCGCACCAGCUGGCUCGUGCCACGCACCUCUUUGCCUCCAUCACCUACGAUGCCUCGCUGCCGACGUCCACUCGGGCGACGUGUCUGCGGGCCAUGUGUGUGCUUGUGGACCCAAUUCUGCAGCAGGCCAAGGCAGCGGCGGCGCAGCAGGCAGCGGCGGCAGCAGCGGGGGGCGCGGGGGCAGGGAGUGCGGCGGCGGAUCCCGAGGGGCUGAAGGCGCAGGGGCGGCGGCUGCUGGGGCGGAUCUUGGAGAGCUUGGUGGCGGCUCUGAAGCACCUCCGGAUGCAGGGCUCCCGCAUGAUCGCUGAGGCCCGCUCCGAGCGCGAGGUGCUGGACCGGCAGCGCGCCGCCAUGUGCUCCCCCUCGGGCGCCGCAGCGGCACUGGGGCCCGACGACAUGCUCUCCUCAGUCACCAUACCCGGCGAGAAGGAGCGGGAGGUGGUGGAGAGCCGCAACAUGCUGCAGGGGCUGCUGCCGCACAUGAAACACCUCGCGUACGCGCUAGCAAAGUACAACAGUGUCGUACAGCAGCAACAACAGCAGCAGCAGCAGCUUGGUGGGGGUGCGGCGGCUGGUGGGGCGGGGGGGCUGAGCGAGGAGGAG